CCUACCUAGUUAUUGGUCGUACUGGGAAUAUCAUUGGACCAUCAGUAAUUUUCCAAAAAUUUUACCUUCCAUCUGGUUGCUUCAAAAUUUAAGAAACGAAUUUAAAAAAUCCAUUGUUUCUUCAGUAGUUAUGAUUGAUUUUUUAUAUCUGUCGUAAAAAGCUUUUUCAUUCGAAAUAAGAUCGACGUAGGUCAGUCGAAAUGGAAGAUAAUUCACCAAGCGACGAAGAAAUUAAGGAUUCUCCUGUUAGCCCUAAACAGGGGGGUAAGAAAUUGAAAUUAAACGAUGGAAGUUCGCAAGAUAGUUUAAAUGAAGGGGCUUCGGCAAGUACUGAUGUCAAGGAAGAUAAUGUGGAUAGUGGACUAUCAGCUGAUAAAUCUGAGAGUACAUGUAGCGAGGAGCGUGGCGCAACAUCCAAUGCUGAGCCUCUAAACGAAGUGGUCACCAUAGCGCCGUCCAGUAGCAGCAAUGUCCGGGCAAUCCUACUCAAUAUCCGACGCCCAAGACACUGUAGGAAUUACAGAAAAAGGAAAACACCAGAUCGAGAUUCUGAUGGGAACUCCUCACGGGACUCCGAUGAUUUCUCAUCUGAAGAAAGGCCAGAUGAUCCAUAUGUUUUCAACACAUCAGGCAGUAGCCCCACGGCGUCGAAUUAUUCAGUUGCAAGCUCUAGUUCUGGUAGUUCAAUGGAUAGCAGUAACGAUUACAGCGAUGAGAACAUUCUCGAUCUCACAUUGGAUAAUGAAACUGACAGUGAUGAAGGACUGUCGAAUGAUAAUAACGACAACAGCUCAACUAGGAACAGAUCUGAUCUCACUAGAACACCGUCUGUGCUGCUCAAGACGCUACCGAAACAUAAUUAUUCAAUUCUACGAGAGGUGAUAAACCGUGAAAUGGGGCUGACAUUUCCGAGGGGGAAAACUAUUAAAGAGAAUGUGAUCUUCGAACAGAAGUUCUGCGGCUCCCUGCAUGUGGUGCAGAGGUUGGCUAAAUUAGAUUUCCUCAGUAAACAUAGGGGCUGCGUGAACUCUAUUAACUUUCAUCCAGAAGGUCACCUACUCGCUUCUGGAUCAGAUGAUACCAACGUUAUUGUGUGGGAUUGGGCUCGGAAUAAACCCAUACAAGUUCUCAAAACUGGACACAAAUCGAAUGUGUUUCAAAGCAAGUUUCUCCACUUGAACUCGCGUGCUCAGUUGAACAUAGCUACUUGUGCGAGGGAUGGACAGAUACGCCUCCUCACUUGUCCAUCAAGCGGCGGUGCGGGCACACGUCGCAAGCUCGGCAGCCAUAGCCGCGCGGCACACAAGUUACUCGUAUCAGCGCACGAACCACACGUUAUCAUAUCCGCUGGUGAAGAUGCUAUAGUUCUGCGGUGUGAUGUGCGCGAACAGCACGCUUCCAAGUUGAUUACAGUGCGGGACGACAACAUUGGCAUCCCGCUGUACAGCGUGGCCGGCAACCCGCUGCGUCCGCGCGAGCUGCUCGUCGCCGGACGCGACAAGUUCCUGCGGGUGUACGACACCCGCCGGCCAGAUAAACCCAUGUUGUUCUACACUGCGGACUUUGAUAAGGUUCGUGCGAGUGGGGAUCAAGACAAAUGGAUACCGGUUCGCAUGCGUUCCAUGUUGCACUUGACGUGCGCGGUGUACAACUACAACGGCUCCGAAAUACUUGGCUCGUAUAACGACGAAGAUAUUUAUCUGUUCGACGCCAAACUGGAUGUGUAUGACAAAGACGCAUCAGACCUGAAACAGACGUACAGCCACAAGUACAGCGGGCACAGGAAUAGCGCAACGUUCAAGGGUGUGUCCUUCUUCGGCCCUAAAAGCGAGUACAUAGUGUCUGGUUCGGAUUGUGCCCACAUCUACAUAUGGGAGAAGCACUCGGAGGCGAUAGUGCAGUGGGCGGAAGGCGACCAGAACGGUGUGGUAAAUUGCAUCGAACCUCACCCGCGGUUCCCCAUCAUGGCGACGAGUGGAUUGGAUAAAGACAUCAAAAUUUGGAUGCCGAGACGGCAUUUUGGACCCGAUUUUACUGGGCUUGAAAAGACAGUCCGCUCGAACAAGGCCACAUACACCGCACCCAUGUUCACGGACUUCCUACCAACGCUCUACAACGCUUGGCGCGGCUCUCUAGCUGAUGAAGAGGCCCCACCCGGUAACCUAGAGUUCGACGGCAAUGCGUGUACCACCUUCUAGCAGAUCUACCGGCACUCGCGCUUUACCAUCCUCGGGCUCGGCAUGGGCAACGCGAACUACUACUAGUUGCGGUAGAGCGCUGUAGAGCGCGAGUCGUAGAGUGCUUCACACGUGUAGAGCGCGAGUCGUAGAGUGCUACACAUUCAGAGCGACGGCUACACGUGCGGCACCUAAUAGCUCUAUCAAUCGCGCUUGUAGGGAAAUGAGAAUGUAGAGCCGCUGUGAGUUGUAGUAGAGAAGCGAUAAGUUGGUUUUAUAGCAACAAUGAGUUAGAGGUGGAGCCCGUGUUACAAUAAAUUGCUCGAAGGCCGAGCGACGAUAACAUGUAUGGAGGUGGAGCUAUAAUAACAAUGUAGUUGAAGCGCAUAUGCUAUUAAAAUGGGUGUGCUAAAUGUAAGGAAAUCUUACGAUUUAGAAAUAAUUUUGUGUGUAAAAAAAGUAAAAUGAAACGGCUAUGUGAAAUUUAAAAAUUGUAAAAGCCUACCGUAAACGUACGAAAAUUUGUUUUCAACAACAAAUAGUUUAUCCAUUCAUUUAAAAUAAAAGUAAAUAUAAAUACAAGUGAAAUAUCUGGUAUAUAUUAGCGAGUGCUCAUUUGAGAUAAAGAAGUAUUAUUCGCCAAAUGGACUGAAAAUAUUCGAAAGAUUUAACAAAAUAUUGUAAGUGUAAUAAAAAUAAUAUGGUGUAAUAAUUAUUGUAAUAUUCCUCUUAUUGUGUCUGUGUCUAUACUGUUUCUCUCUAACUUUGAAACAUAAUAUUAUAGAGAUCAGAUAACGAAAGGGCUAAUUAAAAACAAAAGGAUCUUCAUGGUCUUUUUCAAUAACUAUAUGAUUAAAACUUCAUACAUACUGUUUAUGUCAUAGGAAAUUUAACUAUGGCAAAUAAAUAAAUAAUAACUAUAGAUAAGUAGUGAUUAAUUGUUUAAACGUGGUUUAACCAUUGUUGUAUUUAAUUAUAAAGUUAUUUCUUUGAAAACAUGAAAAUCAAGGAAAUAACUUUAUAGAAGUACCUAGUUAAUAAUACGUUAAAAAAAGAAUUGAUUUUUAUUGUAAUAAAAAUGUAUUUCCUCUUGAAGUAAAUAGGUACCAAGUGAUUUUUUCCAAAUACUCAAAUGCAACUCAACUUUGAGUGAUGCUCAAUUUUCCUACCAUUAGUGAAUAACAAACAAAAACGUAAUAUGAAUGUGUUGAAAAUUUGAGUAUUUGGUUUUUAUUUAAAUAUGUAGGCUAGUCUGGUUUUAACUAGCUGUAAUUUGAUGAUUUUGAUAUUAGUCAAUAGAAAAUUUUAUUAAAGCUUGUGCAUUUAAAGAUCGCAAAAUAACUUGAUGCGUCGUUGGUCUGUUCACUUUAUAUAACCGUAUAUUACAAGUAAAUAAUAUUUACAACAUCUCUGGGUAAAACGACCAGAAUCUAGCCAUCCGUAAGAAAAACGAAUCGUAUUGUAUUAAUUUCUUAAGUAACCGUCAAAAACGAAUUCCUUAGAGCUAGCGCGCAAGAGCAACUUUUGUCUCCGCAACUAUUUAGUCCCUCCCAUCAACUCUAUGGGCUAGUAAGAAAGUGCGCGCACGUAGCGACGCAACUUCCUAUAGAGUUGAUGUGAGAGACAAAAUAGUUGCGGAGACAAAAGUUGCUCUUGCGCGCUAGCUCUUAAUGUAUAACUAAGUGAACCAGACUGCAUAAUAUGUUCAGAAUUAAAAUGGUCAGGUUUCACGUAGGCUAAGUGCACAAGCUGUAGUUCAUUUUAAUUCAAGUGUUAGAUGUACCUAAUAGUCAUAGUAAUAACUAAUAACCAUAACUUCAUUUUUGUCAACUAUACAAAUGUGUUUAAAACUACCCGCUUUUAUUGAUAAGAACUCAUGUAUAAACAUAUUAUAUGUCAGCAUAUUGUAUAUUACUGGUGUUUAAAUUAGCAUAAUAUUAGUAGGUAUAUUGUAUUUUUUUUUGUAAAUGUUGAAUUUUUUAUUUUACGAAAUUUCUUUGUUUUGUUUGUUUUUUUUUAUUGUAAUGUUACAAAUAUGGCCAUAUUCGUAUUUGUUAACAGCUUUGUUUUAAUUACCCGAUGAUUCUUUUAAUUUUAUUUAUGUAUUAAUUCAUUCACACUUCUAUUUUCUUCUUGUAAGAAUAUAAUUUGUUUUGAAAACAUGUAAAUAUUGAAUAGAGUACUGAGUAACAAACUCAUUAGCCAUAAUUCGUUAUUAUAUAAAGAAAUAAAUGUUUGAUACAACAUAAAA